AUGUCCAACCAAGAUGACCUGGCCUAUGGUGGCUACUACCAGGCCGAACGUGGGUCCGGAGACGGAUCUCGCGGCUUCGGCGACACAUUCAAGAAGCUCCGCGACACAUACAAAAGCCACCAGGGCUCGUCGCAGCCUGGCCAGAGUCAGACAUACAACCCAAGUGGCUACCAGGGGCAAGGCUACCCGACUCAAAGCGAAUCCUCACAAUACGGAUACAGUCAGGGACAAAGUGGGCAACAGCAACAGCAACAACAGCCUUAUGGAAAACCACCCAAGGAAGACAAGCUCCAUGGAUUCCUGGGCAAGCUCCAAGGCACUGUGACCGAGUUUGGGACCGAAUUCGCGCAGAAGUUGGGGACCACAAUCGACCCCAAAGCCUACGCCGAAUAUGGACCCACCAAAACCACCGAACAUCGCUUUGGCAGUUUCGCUCCUCCCCGAGAACAUAACGACGCAAAGUGGUACGUCGAUGGCUGCUCGUAUUUCUGGGCUGUGUCUCGCGCACUGGAGAAUGCACGGGAGUCGAUCUGGAUUCUGGAUUGGUGGUUGUCCCCCGAAUUAUACCUCCGCAGACCCCCGGCAAAGAAUGAACAAUACCGGCUGGACCGAAUGCUGCAAGCUGCAGCUCAGCGCGGUGUUCGCGUCAAUGUGAUUGUCUACAAGGAAGUGACACAGGCACUAACUCUGUCCUCCUCUCAUACUAAACAUGCUUUGGAGGACUUGCACCCCAAUAUCGCGGUCUUCCGUCACCCUGAUCACCUUCCUGAUCGUCAAGAGCUUGCGGCCUCUAUAACUUCUUCUUUCCAAAAUAUGACUCUUGACUCAGCAAGCCUCAGUAAGAUGUCCAAGGACACCAUUAAAGGGGUUUACGGCAUGAAUAACGAUGUGAUUCUGUAUUGGGCUCAUCAUGAGAAGCUCUGCUUAAUUGAUGGUCAGACUGCUUUUAUGGGUGGCUUGGAUAUGUGCUUCGGCCGUUGGGAUACCCACCAACAUUCGAUCUCCGAUCUGCAUCCCUCGGAUGUGAACCAAACUGUCUUCCCUGGUCAGGAUUACAACAAUUCUCGUGUCCUUGAUUUCGAAGAUGUCGUUCACUGGGAGAAGAACCAGCUUGAUAGAAAGUCCAUGUCUCGUAUGGGAUGGUCUGAUAUCUCUGUGAGCCUUCACGGUGCAGCUGUUGAAGACCUGCGUCGUCACUUUGUCGAGAGAUGGAACUUCAUCUACGAUGCGAAAUAUAAAGUUCGGAGUGACACAAGGUACGCAAGAUUAGCGUUGCACGGGCGUCCUACCUCGUCAACUGGCCAACAGCAACCUGGCUCGCAGCAACUGAAUCCGUAUCCCUCGGGUCAGUCAAGCCCGCAGUUCCAGCAACAGGAACAGUCACCCACCCCAUCCUGGCAACAGCAGCCUAGUCCAAAGCCCAGUGGAACUACUUCUACAUACCCACCACCACCGGCUUCAAGCCCCUAUCAACACACUCAGCCCCAGCCCCAGUCCCAGCAGCAGCCCCAGCAUAACCAGCAACAAUCCCAUACUGGGUCAUACCAGUCAUAUCAGCCUGGGAACACUUCGAACUACUCACCAUCGCCCGCUCAGGUCUCGAAUCAGUACCAAUAUCAGCAGCAACAGAAUACGUCUAGUUCGUCUCACUCCGAGAAUACCCCGUACCAUCCUCCGCCCAGUCCAACUCCGCCCACUUAUCAAUCAUCGCCGGCCCAGUCAAGUCAUUCACAGAGUCAGGGUACACCCCAAUACACUUACUCUGGAGGCUCAUUCCCGCCUCCCCCACCUGGACCUCCUCCAGCUCAGAAUACUGCACCUCCCAGUUAUCAAGGCUACCAGAGCCUGAACCAGGAACAGACACCUUAUUACCCACCACCGCCAACACAGGCCUCCACUGGCACCCAUCAGAGCUCAAGCCAAAGCCAGACGCCUUACUACCCCCCUCCUCCGGGCCAGGAGUCGUCUCAUUCCAACACGCGUGGAAUAUAUGAUGACCAGCAUUCCGGCGAUCGCGAACGAGGCUCGUUGGCGCCCCGCCGCUUCAAAGAGGAUAUAACUCAAUACGGGAACUCCCUUCGUGGUCAACUUGCCGGACAAAUCCACCAAUAUCAAGACCGACUGACCACAUAUGGCCGUCCGUCGUCGCAAACCCGAGGAAACAUGUCCUGCCAGAUUGUGCGCAGCUGUGCAAAUUGGAGCAAUGGCAGCCCACUUGAGCAUUCAAUUGCCGAUGCAUACUGCGCCAUCAUUCGUAACAGUGAGCAUUUCGUCUACAUUGAGAACCAGUUCUUCAUCACUUCGACAGGCGAGUCACAGCAUCCAGUGAAGAACAAGAUCGGAGCUGCGAUUGUUGAGCGUAUCCUGCGUGCUGCCCGUGCUGGACAGAAGUACAAGAUCGUUGUGGUGAUUCCUUCUGUCCCCUGCUUCGCUGGUGACUUGCGGGACGAUGAGACACUCGGAACACGCGCGAUCAUGGAAUUCCAGUACAACUCCAUCAACCGUGGUGGGCACAGUAUCAUGGAAGUGAUCGCCAAGGAAGGCUUCAACCCCAUGGAAUACAUCCGUUUCUAUAACCUUCGAAACUAUGAUCGCAUCAACAACGGUGGAACGAUGGCUGCGGCCGAGCAGCAGAGUGGUGUCAACUACGAGCAUGCUCAGAGACAGUAUGACAUGAAUACUGCCGGUCCUGGUGGAUAUGCCCCGAGCACCACCCGAAGUAACUUUGACACAAGCGCUCCAUUCCAGCAGUAUCAACAAGCAGCUCAUCAAUUCCAAGGAAGUCAUGCCACUACUAGUCGCUGGGAUAGUGUUAGCGAGUGCUACAUGCUCGGCGGAGAGGAUAUUCGUAAAGUGCCAUGGGACGGUCACCCGGAUGCUGAGAUCGAUGCAUUUGUUAGCGAAGAGCUCUAUGUUCACUCGAAGGUGAUGAUCGCCGAUGACCGGGUUGUUGUCUGCGGAUCUGCAAACCUGAACGACCGCUCUCAGCUCGGCGACCAUGACUCUGAAAUUGCCGUCAUUAUCGAGGACUUCACGCCAGUAGCCUCGAGCAUGAACGGCAAGCCAUGGACUGCCAGUCGCUUCGCUGCAUCUCUUCGCCGCGAGCUCUUCCGUAAGCAUCUGGGUCUUCUACCGCCGCAAGACUAUCAGCGACCGGACGCAAACUUCGAGCCCGUGGGAGUUCCCAACCAAUUCGACUUCGAAUGCCCCGAGAGCAAGGUGGUCGCCGAUCCCUUGGCCGAUACUGUCCAGAGUCUGUGGAACUCGCGUGCACACACUAACAGCGAGGUCUUCCGGAAGGUGUUCCACGCAGUGCCUGAUGACACAGUGCGCAACUGGGCUACCUACAAGGAGUUCUAUGAGUACUACUUCCACAAAGCUGACAAGGAGGCCGAGGCCCGGGAAGGAUUCGCCCGGCCGGCGCGAUUCCAGUGGGGCCACGUGGUCCGCGAUGACUUCGCGCCUGGUGCGGAGGGAGCGAAGCAGGUCAAAGAGCUUCUCAGCCAGGUCAAGGGUACUCUGGUUGAGAUGCCUUUGAUGUUCUUGAUUGAGGAGGAUAUCGCGAAAGAAGGAUUGACACUGAAUGACUUGACGGAGCCGCUCUAUACCUAA